CAUUUGUUUACCCACAUUACCAGAUAAUUACCAUUCAAAGUCAAGCUCACAGAAUAAGAAAGGCACAUGCCCCAGCAACCCAUAUAAAAUUCAUCUCGAUCAGCUUAACUGCUUAAGCUUGCAACCAUUGACGUUGUCGGUAACCAACCUCUUCUUCAGCAAUGGCCUCCCAAACUUGCCAACCUCACUUUGUCUUGAUACCACUCAUGGCACAAGGCCAUAUGAUUCCCAUGAUAGACAUGGCCAGGCUCUUUGCAGAGCGUGGCGUUAUUGUUAGCUUGGUCACAACCCCUUACAACGCCUCAAGAUUUGACACAAUUGUUCAUCGAGCAAAAGAGUCUGGGCUCCCACUUCGCCUAGUACAAAUCGAGUUCUCAUGCCAAGAAGUGGGACUUCCUAUUGGGUAUGAGAAUCUUGAUAUCCUACCUUCACCAAACUUGCUAAGAAAAUUCUACAAAGCUCUUAGCUUGCUACAAGAACCACUAGAAAAACACCUCGAGAAACAAAAUCCCCCUCCAACUUGCAUUAUAUCUGACAAGAGCCUGUUUUGGACGUCAAAAACAGCUCAAAAGUUCAACAUUCCAAGGCUUGUUUUCCAUGGGAUGGGCUGUUUCUCACUUCUAAGCUCGCAUAAUAUCAAACACUACAGUGCUCAUCAAUCGGUCACUUCUGACUCAGAACCUUUUGUGAUUCCAGGACUGCCCCAAAGAAUUGAAAUAACAAGAGCCCAACUGCCAGGAACAUUUGUUACACUUCCCGAUAUUGAUGAUUUCCGAGACAAGAUACAAGAGGCUGAAUUAACAGCUUACGGGGUUGUAGUAAACAGUUUCGAUGAGUUAGAGAACGAGCGCAUUGAGUUGUACAGAAAGGCUAUUAACAAGAAGGUGUGGUGCGUUGGGCCAGUUUCUUUAUGUAACAAGGAGAAUUUGGACAAGUUUGAGAGAGGCAACAAAGCACCAAUUGAUGCGCAUCAAUGCUUGGAAUGGCUUAACUCGAUGAAACCAAGGUCAGUUAUUUAUGCUUGUCUAGGUAGUUUAUGCCGCCUUGUUCCUUCACAACUAAUUGAACUUGGGUUGGGUCUAGAAGCAUCAAAUCAGCCAUUCAUUUGGGUAAUCAAAACAGGACCAGAGUUAGAGGAGUGGUUGUUGAAGGAAAAUUUUGAAGAAAGGAUCAAAGGGAGAGGACUCUUAAUCAGGGGAUGGGCUCCACAAGUAUUUAUUCUAUCCCAUCCAGCAGUAGGAGGGUUCCUAACACACUGUGGUUGGAACUCAAUAAUAGAAAGCAUGUGUUCUGGGUUGCCAAUGAUAACUUGGCCUCUGUUUGCCGAGCAAUUCUUUAAUGAAAAGCUAGUUGUCGAAAUUUUGAGGAUUGGAAUUCGGGUAGGUGUGGAUAUCCCUGUGAGAUGGGGGGAUGAAGAGAGAGUUGGGGUGUUGGUGAAGAAAGAUGAGGUUGAGAAGGCCAUAGUUAUGUUGAUGGAUGAGGGAGAAGAAGGUGAAAAGAGAAGAAAGAAAGCAAGAGAACUUGGAGAUAUGGCAAGAAGGGCAAUGGAAAAAGGAGGAUCUUCUCAAUUGAACUUGUCAGUGUUGAUUGAAGAUAUAAGAAGACAGUCCGCUCAAGACUAAGGAGAAGUACCGCUCGGAGAAACUGCUAGUGGUCACUAGUUCGGUCCCUACGGAUGUGUAAGACUUCUAAAUUUUAUUUACAAAUUUUCAUUUUGGUAAUAACAAGUACAAAAAAGCAAACGUAUGUACUUUGUGCGCAACAGUUUGUAUGAAAUAAAAACUACUUAUUUAAUUUACAUAUUAAUUUCA